CUUUCUCCACCUCUUCUCUCACUUGUGGGAUGCUCUUUGGGAGAUGCAUAGAUUCUGAAACGCACAUAAGCACAGUGGAAGCUUAACACCUAGGAUACACUUACAUUCCUACCCAUCCAGGGAGGGCAGGCAGUAAGAACAGAAGUAACCCUGCCUGCGGUGAUUCUUCCCCGUUAUGGAGAAGGGGGAAGGAGAGCAUGUGCUGCAGACGGGGAACGAUGAGGCGGUGGUGGACCUGGGGAAGACGAGCUCCACCAUUCACACCAACUUUGAGAAAGAGGAGCUAGAGAGUCACAGAGCGGUCUAUGUGGGUGUCCAUGUUCCUCUGGGCAGAGAGACCAAACGGAGACACCACCGCCACCGCGGCAACAGACACCACCGCAAGAGGAGAGACCGCUCGGACCGUGAAGAUGGACGAGAGUCUCCUUCUUAUGACACCCCGUCCCAGCGGGUCCAGUUCAUCCUGGGGACAGAGGAUGAUGAUGAGGAACACAUGCCCCACGACCUGUUCACUGAGCUGGACGAGCUGUUCUUCAGGGACGGACACGUCUACGAGUGGAGGGAGACAGCCAGGUGGUUAAAGUUUGAGGAAGACGUGGAGGAUGGAGGGGAGCGUUGGAGUAAGCCCUACGUGGCCACGCUGUCUCUACACAGCCUCUUCGAGCUCCGCAGCUGCAUCCUCAACGGCACUGUCAUGUUGGACAUGAGAGCUAACACUAUUGAGGAGAUCGCCGACAUGGUGAUAGACAGCAUGGUGGCGUCAGCUCAGCUGGAGGAGGGGUUGAGGCAGAAGGUGAGGGAGGCCAUGUUGAAGAGACAUCACCACCAGAAUGAGAAGAAGCUCAGCAACCGCAUCCCUCUGGUGCGCUCCUUCGCUGACAUCGGCAAGAAACAAUCUGACCCACACCUACUUGAGAGAAACGGGAGUCUCUCCGCCUACUGCCCCUCCCUCCUGCGACACACCUCCACCACCCCUCCCUCCUCAAGGGAGUCCAGGGGGUCUCAGUUCCUCAACCACCUCAGCCGCCUCCUGCUCAGGGCCAGCACCCAUUCCUCCCCCCUCAGCACCCCCCAGGACACCCCUCCCCUAGCCAGACACAGAGCCUUCACCCCUCCCUGCCCGUCCUCCACCCUUCCCUGCUCGUCCUCCACCCCUCCUCUGACUGACCCAGACCUAGACCCAGAGAUUGGGUUGGCAUCUGGGGAGGGCAAGAACUGGAGUAUCCCCAGUGUGGUGGUCCAUGCUCCAGAUGGGGAGGAACUGAAGCUCCAGUCCUGUCUAGUCAAUGACCACAAGGAGGAGUCUGAGGGUGCAGACCCCGCCCACCUGGUGCAGCUCCUCACCCCACCUCCAGCAGGCCUCCUGGCGUCUCCCCAAUCAGCUCCUGGGAACCUGGAGAACAGUAAACCGAGUGAGAGCCGCAUCAACGGAGGAAGCAGAGAGAACAGCACUGUGGACUUCAGCAAGACUUGCCACUGUAGUUGUGGUUCCCGGGGAGGGGGUGCCAGGAGGCCUGCAGUGGACAUGAACUUCAUGAAGAAGAUCCCUCCGGGGGCGGAGGCGUCCAAUGUGCUGGUGGGAGAGGUGGAAUUCCUGGAGCGACCAAUCAUAGCCUUCAUCAGGCUGUCCCCCGCCGUGCUGCUCACUGGUCUCACUGAGGUCCCCGUACCCACCAGGUUCCUGUUCCUGCUGCUGGGUCCGUUUGGGAAGGGUCCUCAGUACCACGAGAUUGGCCGCUCCAUCGCCACGCUGAUGACAGACGAGAUCUUCCAUGAUGUAGCGUACAAGGCCAAAGACCGGAACGAUCUGCUGUCGGGGAUAGAUGAGUUUCUGGACCAGGUGACCGUCCUACCCCCAGGAGAGUGGGACCCUACGAUACGAAUCGAGCCCCCCAAGAGUGUCCCAUCUCAGGAGAAGAGGAAGAUGCCUUCCGUGCCCAACGGCUCUGCCCAUAAUGAGUCCUUCAAAGAAGACCAACACCAAGCAGGACCAGAGCUACAGAGGACAGGGAGGAUCUUUGGGGGCCUGGUGAUGGAUGUAAGAAGAAAAGCUCCGUUCCUGUGGAGAGAUAUUAGGGAUGCUCUGAGCCUGCAGUGCCUGGCCUCUGUACUGUUCCUCUACUGCGCCUGCAUGUCCCCUGUCAUCACUUUCGGAGGCCUGCUGGGCGAGGCCACCAAGGGAAACAUUAGUGCGAUCGAGUCGUUGUUCGGGGCGUCUCUGACGGGCGUGGCCUUCUCCAUGUUUGCGGGCCAGCCACUCACCAUCCUGGGCAGCACUGGGCCAGUCCUGGUCUUUGAGAAGAUCCUCUUCAAAUUCUGCAGUGACUAUGACCUGUCCUACCUGUCCUUGAGGACCAGCAUCGGCCUGUGGACGGCCUUCCUGUGCCUCGUCCUGGUUGCCACGGACGCCAGCUCCCUGGUCUGUUACAUCACCCGCUUCACGGAGGAAGCCUUCGCAGCGCUCAUUUGCAUCAUCUUCAUCUAUGAGGCCCUGGAGAAGCUGGUUCACCUGGGAGAACUCUACCCCAUCAACAUGAACAAUGAGCUGAACAACCUCACCUUCUACACGUGUCAAUGUUCUCCGCCGGUUAAUGCCACGCCUGAGAUCCAGCAGGUCUGGAACCACAGCCAGGUCGCACCAGAAUCAAUUUCUUGGACCCAACUGGAUGUCACAGAGUGUUCUAGGCUGCGUGGGGAGUUAGUUGGGCCAGCCUGCAGCCACCACGGUCCCUACAUCCCUGACGUCCUCUUCUGGUCCGUCAUCCUUUUCUUCACCACCUUCUUCCUCUCCUCCUUCCUCAAGCAGUUCAAGACCAAGCUCUACUUUCCCACCAAGGUACGGUCGACCAUCAGUGACUUUGCGGUCUUCCUGACCAUCAUGAUCCUGGUCCUGGUAGACUACCUGGUGGGCAUUCCCUCCCCCAAACUGAGUGUGCCUGACCGCUUUGAGCCCACAUCUAAGAACCGUGGCUGGCUGAUCUCCCCGCUGGGUACCAACCCCUGGUGGACCAUGCUGGCUGCAGCCAUCCCUGCCCUGCUCUGCACAAUCCUCAUCUUCAUGGACCAACAGAUCACCGCCGUCAUCAUCAACAGGAAGGAGCACAAACUCAAGAAAGGCUGUGGCUACCACCUGGAUCUUCUGGUGGUGUCUGUGAUGCUGGGGGUGUGCUCCAUCAUGGGCCUGCCCUGGUUCGUAGCAGCCACUGUGCUCUCCAUCUCCCACGUCAACAGUCUGAAGCUGGAGUCUGAGUGCUCGGCCCCCGGGGAACAGCCCAAGUUCCUGGGGAUCAGAGAGCAGAGGGUCACCAGCUUCAUGAUCUUCAUCCUCAUGGGCUGCUCCGUCUUCAUGACCUCUGUGCUCAAGUUAAUCCCUAUGCCAGUCCUCUACGGGGUGUUUCUCUACAUGGGUGUGUCCUCACUCAAAGGCAUCCAGUUCUUUGACCGUAUCAAGCUGUUCUGCAUGCCAGCCAAGCACCAGCCGGACCUGAUCUACCUGCGCUACGUUCCCCUGUGGAAGGUCCAUGUGUUCACCCUGGUGCAGCUCACCUGCCUGGUACUGCUGUGGGUCAUCAAGGCGUCCGCAGCCGCCGUCGUCUUCCCCAUGAUGGUGUUGGCCCUGGUGUUUAUACGGAAGCUGCUGGACUUCUGUUUCACCAACAGGGAGCUGAGCUGGCUGGACGACCUGAUGCCUGAGAGCAAGAAGAAGAAGGAGGACGACAAGAAGAAGAAAGCCAAGGAGGAGGCCCAGCGCAUGCUGGAUGUGGAAGAGGGCAUAGCACACCCCUACGACGGGCCGGGCGUCCUCAAGACCCUCAAAGUCAGUUUGGACCCCUCUAUGGUAAACAUUUCUGAUGAAAUGGCCAAAACCGCCAAUUGGAAAUCUGUCUCCAUGAACUCUGACAGUGCCAAAGCUCUGAAACAUAGUGCCAGCCAGGCGAAGGUGUCCUGUGUGAAGAUAAACUUGGAGAACGACCAGGGGGAGAUGUAUGGGGAUGCUGAGACCUCCUUAUGAACGAGGGACAGGAGGAGCAGGGAGAGUGCCACGUCUGCCCCUAGCCCACCAGAUGGCGUUGUCCUCCCACACAGCAGGGGGCAGUGUCCUUAAUGGCCCUGCCCGCUGCCCUAACAGCUGCUACCAUACCAACGCCAAGGGGGCAGACAGACACAAGCAGUUCCACUUAGCCAUGUUUCUUUAGUUCUUAUUGUGAAAUUAGUCAGAGGGAAAUUUGUCUUUUAAUUUGAUCAUCGUUUUAAGGUGAAAAAACAUUGACUUUAUAUUCAGGUGUGCCUUUUUAAGGAACCACUGGGUCUUAUUGGAAUGACUUUCAUCAGGCUUUUUACCAACAUGUCCAUAGUCUGUCUCUGUGAUAUGUUGUACAGUCUGUGCUCGUAACACUUCCUUCGAGUGCAAUGCAUUACGAAUGCAUAUAGUGGCCUCUAUCGCCCUUAGUGCAUUAUAUUAUAAGAGUUGCUGUAAGCAUUUAAAACCUGUCAACUGUCCCCAGGUGGUUCAUAGGAAGCGGUAGGCCUAACUGCAGUCCAGUAGGCCUAACUGCAGUCCAGUAGGCCUAACUGCAGUCCAGUAGGCCUAACUGCAGUCCAUGCACUCAGGGUGGCUUGAGCACAACGACGGCACUCUUAUCUGGCUCACUCUGAACAAUAGACAGUUUGUUUUUAAAUUACAUUAUGUUUGAGAAAGCAGGUGAUGCUCAACAAAAGGUCCAAAUACAUUUAGAGCACAUAUUAUAUUUAAUUUGUGUGUGUGUGUGUGUGUGUGUGUGUGGGCGCGCGCAUGGGUGUGUACAGUAAAGUGUAAGAAACUGAAGAGCAGCUUAAGAUGGCUUUUCACAAUAUCAGAGUCAUGAAACCGUGAUGUGUACGAUGUGCUGUUGAUUCAGAUUAUCAGUCAUAGUAGGUUCAAAGGCUAAAAUCUUCUGUCAAAAUGAACAUGACAGACCAUAGCAUAGCCCACAGUUUGCAGAAUAUUUCUUGAAUUAAUUGCCAAACAUCUCUUACUAACCUUAAACAAUCCCAAAUUGGAAACUAACUAUAAUAAGAUGAAGUUUCAAAAACAAAAUGUUUUCACGUUUCUCGAAAGAGCGGUCUUGUUCUUUUGGAGUAAUGGCGAGGGUGUUGCCUGCAGUGUCCAUGUCCAUACAUACAUAAUGGUGGACUUGAAAGGAAGAAAAUAUGUAUAGAGUAAGUUUAUAAAACUGAUGCCUUCUCCAGGGCAGGUUUAAAGCUGUUCAAUAAUGUUAGUGUACAUGGCUGUGGUAGCCUGGGUUUAAUCUAGUGUAGUGCACCUGCACCAAGGAAGUCUUACCGGAGCUGUAGCUACACUUGGUUAUGAUGACGAGGGGAAACCCACUUUUAUCCAGUUAAACGGUUUACAUCCAAUGGAAUAUUUUCUGUUAUGGGGUAUAUAUUUUAGAUUGUUUUAUAUUGUUGUUUUUUUAGCAUUUUUAUCUAUAUCAUUACAAUAUGUAAUGCAUUUAAUUUAUUUUGAAUUGGUCAAUGUUGCAGAGUUUGGAAGGGGGCAGGAGGAGACAGCAGGGUCGUUGUUUGUUGCUGGCCGGUAAUUCAUGUUCUUUAUUUCCUGUAUUUAUAUCUGUGCACUUUAGAAACGCCUGCCGGGGGGUGGGGGCUAUAUGUACCUUUUUAUAUAAAUGUAUCUAUUUAGAUCAGUCUCAGGAACCAAUGGGCUCAAUGAGGCCCUUGUCUCUCUCUCUGUGUCUCUGUCUCUCUCUGUUACUCUCUCUUUCUGUCUCGCCCUCUCUCUCUCCCACUC